UGACCCGGAAGAACUGUUUGUAAGGCAUUCCACAAUCACAAACACAGAAAGUUUACAAAAUAAAUGAUUUUACUGCGUGCUUUUUAUUAGAUAUAUUACAGAUCUAGAUCUAGAUUCUAACUCCUUUUUGCUCAAAAAUGAUGUUAUCAAGAACCAAACCUGCCUUAGGGCCAGGUUCUGUGGCAACUGGGAAGGAAACAAAGAAAAAGAAGAAAAUGCCAACAGUGGAGGAAUUUCUGGAUAUGAGAGAUUAUACAGGAGCCAUAACUCUUUUAGAAUUUAGCAGAAAUGCAGGUAAAGGCAAUGAAGAAACAGAUCUGUGGAUAGCUUACUGUGCAUUUCACUUGGGUGAUUACAAGCGUGCCAUGGAGGAGUAUGAAAGAUUAACAAAACGAGAAGGUGCAAAUCCAGAUGUUUGGUUGUAUUUAGCUUGCUGUCAGUUCUUCCUUGGCAUGUACCCAGAAGCUGAUGAAAGCUGCACAAAAUGUUCCAAAAGUAGACUUCAGAAUAGAGUUCAGUUUCAUCUGUCCCACAAAUUUGGUGAUGAACGUCGUCUAAUGAGUUUUCAUCAAAAUCUGCAAGACAUCAUAGAAGAUCAGUUAUCUCUAGCAUCUAUUCAUUACUUGCGGAGUCAUUACCAGGAAGCCAUUGAUAUUUAUAAAAGAAUUUUACUAGAUAACAGAGAUUAUCUUGCUCUCAAUGUUUAUGUUGCAUUGUGCUACUACAAACUGGACUAUUAUGAUGUGUCACAGGAAGUACUUGCUGUUUAUUUACAACAAUAUCAAGACAGUGCUGUAGCUCUCAAUUUGAAAGCUUGCAACCACUUCAGGUUAUAUAAUGGGAAAGCUGCUGAGGCUGAACUGAAAGCACUUCAGGAGAUGGCAUCACCCUCAUUUCAAUUUGCACAGGAUUUAAUCAAACACAAUCAAGUUGUUUUCAGAAGUGGUGAAGGGUCGCUCCAAGUGUUACCUCCCUUGAUUGAUGUCAUCCCUGAAGCAAGACUUAAUUUAGUCAUUUAUUAUCUGAAACAAGAUGAUGUGCCUGAUGCUUAUAAUCUGAUCAAAGAUUUGGAACCUACCACUCCACAAGAAUACAUUCUGAAAGGUGUUGUCAAUGCUGCACUAGGACAAGAGCAAGGAUCUAGAGAACACAUGAAGAUUGCUCAGCAGUAUUUCCAGUUAGUUGGAGGAUCUGCCAGUGAAUGUGACACAAUACCUGGACGUCAGUGUAUGGCUUCAUGUUUUUUCCUGUUGAAACAGUUUGAAGAUGUUUUAAUCUACCUUAAUUCGAUUAAGAGUUACUUCUACAAUGAUGACACAUUCAAUUUCAAUUAUGCUCAAGCCAAAGCUGCUGUUGGGAAUUUCAAAGAAGCUGAAGAAAUUUUUUUACUGAUUCAAAAUGAGAAAACAAAAAAUGACUACACAUAUUUAAGUUGGCUGGCACGGACAUACAUUAUGAACAGAAAAGCUCGCAAUGCAUGGGAACUGUAUCUGAAGAUGGAAACGUCUGGUGAAUCUUUCAGUCUGCUUCAGCUCAUUGCUAAUGAUUGUUACAAGAUGGGACAGUUUUAUUAUGCAGCUAAAGCUUUUGAUGUUCUGGAACGUUUGGAUCCAAACCCUGAAUACUGGGAGGGUAAGAGAGGGGCUUGUGUUGGUGUCUUCCAAUUGAUUAUUGCUGGAAGUGAGCAAAGAGAAACUUUGAGAGAUGUCAUCAAUAUGUUGAGAAACACCAGCAAUCCACAAGUAGAAUAUAUCAUUAGGACAAUGAAGAAAUGGGCCAAGGAGAAUAUGGUGCCUGUUCCUUAAAAAUUCUGUUGCAUGUUGAAUACUGUUUAUAUUUAUAGAUCUGAACAGACCAUUCAUUGAUUUAUCAUCUGUAUUCUUUGUGAAUAUCUGAACAUUAUCAUUUCAUGUCAAUGACAUUUAAUGUGAAAAUCUUAAUCCUUAUCAAUUCUAUUUUAGCUUGUAUAUGUUUAUUGAUAGUUAUCUUGCUUUUCACUAGAUAAAAAUAAUUUAGUCACACUUAUCUUCUUUACUCAAAAAGAAAUCAUUAUUGAUGGUACAUUGCACUGCUAGGAAAAAAAUUAUCAGUUUCAAACAAAAACAUUUGUGUCUGUGGCUAAGUUCUGAAUCAUUGACCUAAUCUUUUUGUUCUGUUAUAUCAAUAGAAAGACUUGCAUUCACUUCAAAUGACACUUUCAUUUAUUUGGCCACAAGUCAUGUUUAGUUGUUUCAAUGUACAUAACUCUUACAAAUGAUACUUCAGACUAGAAGUAUGUUGAUUGCAAUGAUUCUAUUCUAUUCUUUAAAUAAAUAAAGUAUAAAUUCUAUGA